GACAGAACGCGGGGCGGGGCAUCGCGACCCUAGGAAGGUCACAUGGCGGCCACUACGCUGCUCUGCCUUCUAUACCAUGGACCCUGGCACAGCGGAGGAACAUGGUCUGCGGCAUGUCGAGAAAGAUGUUCUCAUUCCUAAGUUGAUGAGAGAGAAGGCCAAGCUACGGUGUGCCGAACAAGUAGAAGCUUUUUCAAAAUGCUGCCAUGAAAAUGGUUUUCUUAUGGUGGUGAAGUGCAGGGAUGAAAAUGCAGCACUGAAGGAAUGCCUCACAAAGCACUAUAAAGACCCAACCUUCUAUGAAGAAUGUAAACAGGAAUAUUUAAAGGAACGAGAAGAAUUUAGAAAAACGGGAAUUCCUACCAAACGCCGACAAGAGAAACUACCGACCAGCAUGUAAUCAGAUGGAAACACUGAAAACAAAUGUGCUUUGUAAAUUAUCAGUGAUAGCAUUGAUUUUGAUGUAUUGUUUUCUCAUUUCUUGAUUAAUAAAAUAUUUUUUUAUUUUCA